AUGUUAGAGCAAGGUAUAAUUCGUCCGUCCGAAUCUGCAUGGAGCUCUCCCAUCUGGAUAGUUUCUAAAAAAGUGGAUGCUUCUGGCAAGACUAAAUGGCGACUCGUAGUCGACUUUAGGAAGCUAAAUGAAAAAACCAUUAGUGAUAAAUACCCAAUACCGAAUAUAUCGGAUGUACUAGAUAAGUUAGGAAAUUGCCAAUAUUUCACAACCUUGCAUUUAGCCAAUGGAUUUUACCAGGUCGAAAUGAACCCUAGUGACAUACCGAAAACAGCAUUCAACGUUGAACAUGGGUAUUUCGAGUUCUUACGGAUGCCCAUGGGCCUGAAGAACUCGCCAUCCACGUUUCAGCGUGUCAUGGAUAACGUGCUCCGUGACCUCCAAAAUACAGUUUGUCUCGUGUACUUAGACGAUAUUAUUGUGUUCAGCACUUCCUUGCAAGAACACAUGGUAAAUCUUGAGAAAGUAUUUCAGAAACUAUUCCCGUAG